AUGCGCUUCAUCCUCCUCGCUGCUCUUAUUGCUCCCCUGGCCUCGGCAGCUGUUGCUGGCGUCGACAUUGAGGCCCGUGUGGAGGCUGUUGCCGAAGUCGAAGAACGAUCCCUUCUGUCCCUGGACAAACGGGCUUGUAAAAAGACUGGUUGUAAAUGCAGCACCUUGCACCCCUUGAAGCAAGGCCAAUACUGUGGCAACUGUGUCUGGUCGAACGGCGACGGCUACAUCAUCACUGCUAAGCGUGUCAACAAUCACGUUUAUGAGUGCUCGCCCUCUGGAGGCUGCUGCGACUAUGGUGUCGGAAGUGAUUGUGGCUCUGGAACUGCACGAUGCGGAUAG